CAAGCGUAAAGCCGUUAUCGAAGUCCUCGCGAAAAUGGUUGGACCACCGUACGAUUGCCUGGCAAACCCUCUCGGAGCCGUCCGAUUGACGUUCGAGAAGGCGAUUGCGUCCGGCUCGCACCCUUCGUCCUUCGAUGGAAAAGAUUGGGGCGCCAUCGACCUCUUUCGUCACUUUCUCUUCGACCAAUCCCAACUUUCUCAGGUUCCUAUUCUUAGUCCUGCAACUUUAAGAUGGGUUCAGCCCAACACUCUAGUUCGGUUCCGAGGAAUGAUUCAAGACAUGUUAGGAAAUGAAUUCUAUGUUGGUGCUUACAAGGAUGGUUCAGUUUGGAGGACGAACAAGUUCAUGGAUUUUUCUAAAUUCCCCAUGGACUCUUCCCCAGAUAUGCGAGUUUGGGAACGCCGACUUUUGUACUGUGUUCCAGUUCCCGGAAUAAGUUCCUGGGCUGAAUCUGCUUCUGAGGUAGCCAUUGAUAGACGCAUGAAUUGGACGUCCCAACAAAGAGAUAAGCGUGGUAGAAUGGAUUUUGAAGCUAUGGAUGCCGAAGAUACUCCUGUUCCAGCUGAUAAUUUUGAAGAUUCUCCUACUGCGAAAAGGAUGAGAGAGGAUGGGCAUCCUUCUCCGUCCUCACAGUCUCAAGACUAUAAAACUGAAGCUGCAUGUUCUAGCACAAAUGUGGAGUUAGAAAUCUACCAUGAUUCUUCUCCUUGUCUCGUAAAGAUAUAUGAUUCUCCAGAGUCAGAGUUGAAGCUAAAUGAUGUUUUUGAAUUUGUUGGGGUACUUACUUUUGAUUCAGAGAUUCCAGUGGAGACGGGUGAUCGUGAUGACUUCUGUAAUGAUUAUAGCGAUGAUCUGUUGGUCCAUCUGCCACCCCACAAGGUGCCACGGUUACAUUGUCUUAUUCAUCGGAAGCUUGCAGCUCAUGAUUUUCUGCACAAGUCCCCCAGUGUUGAGCAGACCCCCCAUUUGGUCAAAGAAGCGAGGGAAUCUCUGUUGAGACAUCUUACAGAUGUUCUUGGAAAUGAUGGAGUGGCAGCACAUUACAUGUUGUUGCAUCUCUUGUCCAGGGUACAUUCCAGGGUAGACCAUGUUGCAGUGGGGAAGCUUUCACUAAACCUUACUUGUUUGAGCAAAGAGAGUUUUUCUGUAUUUGGCAUCCAGCUUAGUCUUGCUAUCAAGAACCUUCUACCAUUUUCAACAUGCAUACCCCUAACUUUGGAAUAUCUUAGCAGAAGUUCUCUUGCUCCCAAAAAAGAUUAUCAGACAAAUAGACUGAUACCCGGAGUCCUGCAGCUUGCUGAGGGUUCACACUUGAUCAUUGACGAGACCCUAUUGGAGACGGGAACACUCAACUCUGUUGGGGUUGACAAUGCAAGGUUGCUAAAAAAUUUGCUAGAGUUCCAAAAGGUUGAGUAUGAUUUUACGUACUAUAAGAUGGAGAUGCCAGCUGACGUUCAAUUGCUAAUAUUGUCCGAGGGGAAAUCAAACAUCUUGCCAGCUGAUGUAAUUCUGCCCUUCCAGCCUUCUUCAGUUGGUACCUCAGGAGUUGUGACUACAGAAGCCGUGGAGGCUUGGAGGUGGUACUUGGCUGCUUUCAGAUUGUUGCCACAUUCUAUUGAGUCUGAAAUGCAGAAGGUGGUUGAAAAUGACCUGGUUGCUGCGAGACAGGCAGAUCGAAGUAUAGGAAGCCAAGAUUUUAGCAGAUGGUUGACAAUGGGCCGCCUAAUUUCGACAAGUUUUGGUGAGACCUCACUUUCAAUGGAGCACUGGCAAAUGGUAAUGGAGUUGGAGAGGCAAAGGAGAGAGAGACUGUUGCCUUACCGUAAUUAACACACUUUCAGUUAUGUAAAAACAGUCCAAUGCUGAGAAUGAAUUCAUGUUUACUGGUUCUUUGGAGCAAAUGUGUAAACAAUAUAAUUAUAAAUAAGUUUUCUGCUUUCUGUUCCAAA